GUAGCGAUGACGUCGCGGGGGCCUGGCCGGGCGUCGCGGACUCGGGAGAUGGAGGAAAAGGAGAUAUUACGGCGGCAGAUCCGCCUACUGCAGGGUCUGAUUGAUGACUACAAAACCCUCCACGGCAAUGCCCCGGCCCCUGGUACCCCAGCAGCUUCUGGGUGGCAGCCACCCACUUACCACAGUGGCAGAGCCUUCAGUGCCCGCUACCCUCGUCCAAGCCGGAGGGGCUACUCCUCACACCAUGGGCCUUCGUGGCGCAAGAAAUACUCCCUCGUGAAUCGGCCCCCGGGACCCUCAGACCCACCUGCCGACCAUGCUGUGCAGCCGUUGCACGGGGCCCGGGGGGGCCAGGCUCCUGUCCCGCAGCAGCAUGUCCUUGAGAGACAGGUCCAGCUCAGUCAAGGUCAGAACGUGGUCAUCAAAGUUAAACCGCCAUCAAAGUCUGGCUCUGCUAGUGCCUCAGGGGCCCAGCGGGGCUCUUUGGAAGAAUAUGAGGACACCGCCUGGAGUGACCAAAGGCCCCGGGAAGGUGAAGGUGAGCCCCCUCGGGGACAGCUGCAGCCCUCGAGGCCAGCAAGAGCCAGGGGGACCUGCAGUGUGGAAGAUCCUCUUCUGGUCUGCCAGAAGGAGGCUGGUAAGCCCAGGGUGCUGACGUCAGUGGGCAGUGUGGGCGACGGUCCCCGGGAGCUCCGCCGGACGGUCAGUGAGAGUGUGAUCACCGUCAAGGCGAGCUUCCCAUCCUCCGCUCUGCCCCCACGCACUGACGUGGCCCUGGGCCGGAAGCUGGGUUCUCAUUCCGUGGCCAGCUGUGCUCCACAGCUCCUUGGGGACAGGAGAGUAGAUGCUGGCCACGCAGAUCAGCCAGUUCCGUCUGGCUCAGUGGGGGGCCCCGCCAGACCGGCCUCAGGACCCAGGCAGGCCCGGGAGGCCUCGCUGGUUGUGACCUGUCGAACUAACAAGUUCCGGAAAAACAACUACAAAUGGGUGGCUGCCUCCGCGAAGAGUCCCCGCGCUGCUCGGAGGGCCCUCAGUCCCAGAGUGGCUGCAGAGAAUGUGUGCAAGGCCUCUGCCGGCACAGCAGACAAGAUGGAGAAGCUGCAGCUCAUAGCUGACCCAGAGCCCAAGCCCAGGAAGCCAGCCACGUCCUCCAAGCCAGGGUCUGCCCCCAGCAAGUACAAGUGGAAGGCCUCCAGCCCCUCUGCCUCCUCCUCUUCCUCCUUCCAUUGGCAGUCGGAGGCCGGCAGCAAGGACCAUGCCUCCCAGCUCUCCCCAGUCCUGUCUAGGUCCCCGUCGGGGGACAGACCAGCAGUAGGACUCAGUGGCUUGAAGCCCCUCUCUGGGGAGACCCCGCUCUCGGCUUACAAAGUGAAGAGCCGCACUAAGAUCAUCCGGAGGCGGGGCAGCACAAGCCUUCCUGGAGACAAGAAAAGCAGCACCUCACCUGCCACCACCGCCAAGAGCCACCUCAGCCUCCGGCGGAGACAGGCCCUCAGGGGGAAGAGCAGCCCUGUCCUGAAGAAGACCCCCAACAAGGGCCUGGUACAGGUCACCACGCACCGACUGUGCCGCCUGCCACCGAGCCGGGCCCACCUCCCCACCAAGGAAGCGUCCAGCCUGCAUGCCAUGCGGACUCCACCCACCAGCAAGGUGAUCAAGACCCGUUACCGCAUUGUCAAGAAGACGCCGGCCUCGCCUCUCAGCGCCCCACCCUUCCCCCUGUCUCUGCCCUCCUGGCGGGCCCGGCGGCUCUCACUAUCCAGGUCCCUGGUGCUGAACCGCCUGCGUCCAGUUGCCAGCGGGGGUGGGAAAGCCCAACCGAGCUCCCCUCGGUGGCGGAGCAAAGGCUACCGCUGCAUCGGAGGGGUCCUCUACAAGGUAUCUGCCAACAAGCUCUCCAAGACCUCCGGCCAGCCCGGCGAUGCGGGCAGCAGGCCCCUCCUCCGCACAGGCCGGCUGGAUCCUGCAGGCAGCUGUAGCCGUUCCCUGGCCAGCCGGGCCGUGCAGCGCAGCCUGGCCAUCAUCCGGCAGGCACGGCAGCGCAGGGAGAAGAGGAAGGAGUACUGCAUGUACUAUAACCGCUUCGGCAGGUGCAACCGCGGCGAGCGCUGCCCCUACAUCCAUGACCCCGAGAAGGUGGCCGUGUGCACCAGGUUUGUCCGGGGCACCUGCAAGAAAACGGAUGGGACCUGCCCGUUCUCCCACCACGUGUCCAAGGAGAAGAUGCCGGUGUGCUCCUACUUCCUGAAGGGCAUCUGCAGCAACAGCAACUGUCCCUACAGCCACGUGUACGUGUCCCGCAAGGCCGAGGUCUGCAGCGACUUCCUCAAAGGCUACUGCCCGCUGGGUGCAAAGUGCAAGAAGAAACACACGCUGCUGUGCCCUGACUUUGCCCGCAGGGGGGCGUGUCCCCGCGGCGCCCAGUGUCAGCUGCUCCACCGCACCCAGAAAUGCCACAGUCGGCGGGCAGCCACGUCCCCCGCCCCAGGGCCCAGCGACGCAGCUGCCAGGAGCAGGGCCUCGGCCAGCCAUGGGCCCAGGAAGCCUUCAGCAGCCCAGCGCCCCACCAGGCAGACGCCCAGCUCCCCUGCCCUCACUGCGGCUGCCCUGGCUGCACCUCCCCACUCCCCAGGGGGGUCAGCCUCUCCCUCAUCCUCGAAGGCUUCCUCCUCCUCAUCCCCUCCCACUUCCUUGGACCACGAGGCACCAUCUCUCCAGGAGGCCGCCUUAGCAGCGGCACGCUCCAGCAGGCUCUGCAAGCUGCCUUCCUUCAUCUCCCUGCAGUCCUCACCGAGCCCAGGAGCCCAGCCCAGGGUCCGGGCCCCCAGGGCCCCCCUCAUCAAGGACUCAGGGAAGCCUCUGCACAUCAAACCACGUCUGUGAGGACCCCAGGGACCGGCCUGCACCUACCUCAGACCCUCAUCCUUGGAGAGGAAAGAGGCUCUGUCCGCCACUCUACCCCAGAGGAGGGCCGCCUGCCACCAAGCCUCACCUGGGGGCCACAGGGACACUGCUCUGCCUGCCUGGCCCUCAACCUUCCAUGACCAGCGUGUGCCCAGGACCUGGUCUUCCUCCCCCAAGCUGGGCCCCUGUCCCCACCCCACCACCCUCCAGGGUGCCAGGCAGGGCUGGCCUCCAGGCCUGUCCCCAACUGCCGUUGGCAACAGUGGCCCUGCAGCCCCCCAGCCCUCCCCACCCAGGUUUUCGGCCCAGUGAAGAGGCCACUGGCCAGGCCUUCCAGGCAGGUGUUUUAUGUUCAGCAAUAAAGGUUCUCUCCGUAACUGG